UGGAUGGUGGGAUCGGUGACGCUGCCACGCGACAGCUGUUAUGAUUUCAUACCUGCACAUGUCUUGUUUUAUUGAUGUUUUUGCAGUGUUUGUGUGCGGUGAAUGAGUUUGUUGUGACGGACUCAUAAUGCAGGAUGAAUGAUUAUUCAGUGCGACAGGAGAACGAGCUCGAGGCGCUUUCAUCGAUAUAUGGAGAUGAUUUCUCAGACAUCAGACGACAGCACCCGUGGAAGGUCUGGAGACCUCCAGAGAUGCACCUUUACCUGCGUCCUAAAGGUCUGAGUUAUGGACAGAUGAGUUACGUCUCUGUGGACCUGCAGGUCAAAUGUCCAGCUACAUAUCCUGACGUGCCACCAGAGUUAGAACUGAAAAACGCUAAAGGUCUCUCUCUUGACAAACUCCAAAACCUUCACCUGGAGCUCCAGAAACUAGCUAAAGAGCGAUGCGGAGAGGUGAUGAUCUAUGAGUUGGCAGAUUAUGUUCAGUGUUUUCUGACCGAACACAAUGUUCCUCCAUCGAGCUCCUUCCAUGAAGAGAUGCUGAAGAACCAGCGGCGGUUACAGGAGCGUUUGGCUCUGGAGGAGCAGCAGAAGAUGGACCAGCGCCGCAAACAAGAAGAACAGAUGCAAAAUGAGAUUCUUGCAGAAAUCCACAGAAGAGAGGAAGAGAAACGAGAGGAGAAGAAGAAGAAGGAGAUGGCCAAACUGGAGCGUAUGGAGGUCACAGUUCAACCUGAUAUAGAAAGACAAACAUCAUCCUCACCUGCUUCUUCACCUGCUGAUCCUGCUGAUGUCAAGAAAACGCUUGCAAACCGACGACGGACGACGUCCAGCAGUAGACACAGGCGUGACACAUACAAUGAAGAGAAUCAACGACAGCAGGAUGUCCUGCACUUCAGUAAUAGUUCUCUUGGAGAGGUCAUAGUUCACAGAGGAAAGUGCAUUGGUAAGAGUGAACAUUCGGGCCGCAGUGUGUAUUACGCUUUUAAUUCCACCUCUGGAGAUUUUGCCGUUGUUUACGAGUGGAUCCUUUGCUGGAACAAGACCGUCGGAAAAUUCUUUACCAGCCAGGAAAAAGAGAAGAUAGACAAGUGUAAAAAACAGAUUCACGGUGCAGAAAGUGAACUGAACUCACUGCUGAAGCUACAUCACCCUAAUCUGGUCCACUAUCAGGGGCUGAGCUGCAGCGAGCGGGACGACUGUCUGGUGGUGGAUCUACUGGCAGAACAUGUUCCCGGAUCCAGUCUGGCCCAGAACAUUUCCAGUAACUCUCCGGUGCCCAUCGAUCAACUGCGCCAUCACGCUGUCCAGCUGGUGAGCGCUCUGGAUUAUCUGCACAGUAACUCUGUGGUCCAUAAACAGCUGAACGCGUCCUGCGUGCUCCUGGACGCUCGAGGUGACGUGAGACUGGCGGACUACAGUCUGGCCAAACGUCUGUCUGAUGUCUGUAAGGAGGACAUCUUCGAGCAGGGUCACGUGCGCUUCAGCGAGGACACGAUGCCAACGCGUCUGGGUAAGAAGGGCGAUGUUUGGAGUUUAGGGCUGCUUCUGCUCGCUCUGGCUCAGGGUGGAGAGGUGAAGGAAUAUCCCGUCACUGUCCCGUCAUCUCUACCAGCCGACCUGCAGGACUUUCUUAACAGGUGUGUGUGUCUCAAUGAUGUAGACCGUUGGCACACUCAACAGUUGCUGGAUCAUUCGUUCCUUCGUCCACCAUCACCCAAAACCGCCCUGCCGUGUUCUGAGUCCAGCCCAGAGGACACAGGUGUUGACUUUGCCUCGACAGUUGUUCCUUACAGUCACCUCUUGAGCGCCCCCUUCAGUAUGGAGGUACAGAAACGCCUCUCACGCUACUAUAAUGAGUUCUCAGAACUGCAGCUGCUGGGUAAAGGAGCGUUUGGUGCUGUUAUUAAGGUGCAGAAUAAAUUAGAUGGUUGUUACUACGCUGUUAAGCGGAUCCAGGUUAACCCAGCCAGUAAACAGUUUCGUCGAAUCAAAGGUGAGGUGACCCUGCUCUCCCGACUCAACCAUGAGAACAUUGUCCGUUACUAUAACGCGUGGAUAGAGCGACACGAGACACCCACGACUGGUGCGUCAAACAGCGACAGCUCCGAGACUCCGAGCGCUCCCGAACGACCUCCGCGACCCGCCGCUCAGUCAAUGCAAAACAAACUCUGCCUCACGGACAACAUCGAGGACGACGCCCCUCCGCCGGUCCUCACCAGCUCAGUGGAGUGGAGCACAUCAUUGGAGAGAUCAUCCAGCGCUAAAUGCAGUGCUGCACACUCCACGGAUGAUGAAGAGGAUGAUGAUGAUGAUGAUGAAGAGGCUGAUGUGUUUGGUCCCUCCUUCCUCCCUCCUGACAGUGACUCCGAGAGUGACAUCAUCUUUGAUAACGGUGAUGUCAGCAGAGGGAGCUUCUCACAGGAGGAGCCCAGUGGUGGUAAAGCAGCGGCUACAUCAGAAAGUUCAGGAGAGAAAGCUCUCCAGAAGACGGCACAUUACCUUUAUAUUCAGAUGGAGUACUGUGAGAAAAGCACUUUAAGAGACACAAUCGAUCAGUGUUUGUAUCAAGACGCCAGUCGACUCUGGAGACUCUUCAGGGAAAUCUUGGAUGGUUUGGCGUAUAUUCAUGAACAGGGAAUGAUACACAGAGAUCUGAAGCCUGUCAACAUCUUUCUGGACUCUCAGGAUCACGUGAAGAUCGGAGACUUUGGCUUGGCGACAGAUCACCCAGCUUAUGUGGCUGCCAGUAAACAAGAAGCAGAAGAAACCAGUUCAGGAUUUGUUCCCAAACCAGAUCCAUCAGAUAACAUGACGGGGAUGGUCGGCACGGCUCUAUAUGUGGGUCCAGAAGUUCAAGGAAACACUAAAGCGACUUACAACCAGAAAGUAGAUCUGUUUAGUUUGGGAAUCAUCCUGUUCGAGAUGUCCUAUAGACCCAUGAGUACAGCGUCUGAACGCAUCUGUGUGCUCAGUCAGCUGAGGAAGGAGUCCAUUGAUUUUCCUGAAGACUUCUCUCAGUAUGAAAGUGGAACGCAGAGAAAGGUAAUCAGCUGGCUGUUGAGUCACGAUCCAGCGCUGCGACCCACAGCUGUGGAGCUUCUGAAGAGCGAUCUGCUGCCUCCUUCACAGAUGGAGGAGUCUGAACUUCAUGAGGUCCUACAGCACACCAUGGCCAACAUCAAUGGGAAAGCCUACCGCACCAUGGUCAACCAGCUGUUCUCCCAAAACAUCUCUCCCGUCAUGGACUUCACCUAUGACACCGAAAUACUCAAGGGCACUUUUAAUUUCACCAGCGCUAAACUCCAGCAGUACGUGUAUGAGACCAUAACCAGAAUCUUCAGGAGACACGGUGCAGUACGGAUACAGACUCCGCUGUUGUUGCCCAGGAAUCGGCGUCUGUAUGAUGGAUGUGAGACAGCGAGUUUUAUGGAUCACAGUGGAAUGCUGGUGUCUCUGCCGUAUGACCUGCGUCUUCCCUUUGCCAGAUUCAUAGCAAGGAACAACAUCACACAUCUUAAAAGGUACAGUAUAGAGCGAGUGUUCAGACCACGAAAGUGGGACCGAGCUCAUCCUCGAGAACUUCUGGAGUGUGCGUUUGACAUCAUCAUUCCCAUGAGCAGCCUUCUGCCGGACGCUGAGGUCAUCUACACCGUUUCUGAGAUCAUUGCCGAGUUCAGUGCUCUACAGGACAGAAACUACGUCAUCUGUCUAAAUCACACAAGUCUGUUGAAAGCUGUUCUGUUGCACAGUGGAGUUCCUGAAGACAAACUCACACAAGCCUCCAACAUACUGUGUGAUGCUAUGAGCGAAAAACUGACAAAGCGUGAAGUGGAGGCUAAAUUCUGUAACCUGUCAUUAUCUAACAACAGUUUACAGAUGUUAUAUAAAUACAUCGAGCAGAAGGGGAGUCUGCAGGAUCUCAGUCCUCUCAUCGAUUCACUCAUCAAACAGAAAAGCUCAGCGGUCACACAGAUGGCAAAACAAGCACAGAAAGAUCUUGAAGAAGUGAUGAACCUGCUGAAGAAACUGAGCGUGAAGCUACAGGUGGUGGUGAAUCCUGGCCUGGUCUAUAAAGUUCAGCUUCACUCCGGCAUCAUCUUUCAGUUUGUGGCGUUUAUCAGGAAACGCAAACGCACCGUACCUGAUAUAUUGGCAGCGGGAGGACGUUAUGAUCACUUGAUCGUGGAGUUUCGUGGUCCGUCAGCCGCUGGUCAUAUGCCGUCAGCAGGUGGUCAUGUGCCGUCUGCGGUGGGCGCGAGCAUCGCUCUGGAUAAGAUCUGCUCUGCUGUGGCGAACAUGGAAGAACCGCCCGCUGUGAGCUCGUGUGAUGUUCUGGUUGUUCCAGUAGGUCACACAUCUAUGAGCAGAGCCAUUAAAAUCACUCAGAAACUCUGGACGGCCGGAGUCUCUUCUGAUAUCGUCUAUGACGUUUCACAGUCUCAGGAGAUUCUUCAGGAACAUUGCAGACAAGCUGGAAUAGCGUUUAUGAUCCUGGUAUCAGAUAAAGAGGGAAAUCACCUGAAGGUGAAGUCUUUAGAGAAAGAUCGUCAGUCAGAGAAGAGGAUCCUGGAGUCAGAUCUGGUGGAUCAUUUUAUCCAGAAGAGUCGAACUAAACUCUCAGAGGAGAGGAACAGGGAAAUAUCUGACAGUGUUUCUCUGCAAAACUCAAAGACGUCAUCGCUGGGAAACUCAGGACUCUCAGAAUCCCACGGGAACAACAGUACAAUGUCUUUGAAUGUGAAUCUCAUCUCACCUGACAAAAUCUCCGCCAGUGCCCGCAGGAGAUACGAGACACAGAUCCAAACACGACUGCAGAAUCUGGGGAGUCAUUUACAGAACAAGAGCAGUGACAUCGAAGUGUUAGCUGUUGACCUGGCCAAGGAAACUCUCAUCUACUUCCUCUCUCUGGAGUUUGACAGCGAGGAACAGUUUAACAUGAGUGUAAAAGCGCUGUUGACUCGUCUACCCAAACAGCGUUAUCUCAAAUCAAUCUGUGAACAGAUCCAUCACUUCAAAAUCAUCAAAAGGAUCGCUGUUGUGGUUCUUUACAGUUAUAAAGACGAUUAUUAUAAGAUUCUCCUUUGAGAAGAAAUGAAGCUGAUGAAUGAAGAAAGUGUUUAUGCCAAAGCUGAUUGUGUUCAUAGGGUCCAGUAAUCAAACCAAUAUAAAGAUCAUGUUAUUUUCAUCUUACCACUUUACACAAAAUACUGUACAGUACUGAAUUGAAAUACAAAUAUUUUCCUUAA